GACGACGAUGAUGAUGGUGAUGAUGAUGAAGGUGCACUGGCGCCUUCUUGUGGCGAAACACGCGAAACGCUGAGUUGUUUUGACUCAAUUGGCGCUGCAAAUAGUAUCGGUUGGAGAGUUCGACUCGCUCAGUCGUGCACGCUGAUGCGAUGCGCGUGUCGGAGAGGAGUGCGAUGUCGUUGUAAAGUGUCAACAAUAUAAAGUGGGUUUAAGUGUGAUUAAGUUUUGGACGCGCACCUCACAUGCUUUCAAACGGGCAUUUGGAUAAAUGAAAAGUCAGUUAAUUCCUGGUUCCACUUCUACAGAACACGGAUGAAUGGUGGUUUAUGAAUUAGACCAAAAACACCAGAUCUCAGGAACUAACUUGAGACGAGACGGAAUUCUGAUCGUCAAUGCCAUAUCAAAACGAUCUAAUUUUGACCUCUCAAGGUAUCAAGGUAAAAAACUUGUUUUGGGGAGGGGAGACCUCGGUUCCAUUCACCUGGCACCAACACCGGGGAUGGAGCAACGUUGUUGUUGAUCCGGAUCCGCCCAGCCAGGCGUCACAGCACCGACAAGAUGGCCGAGAGUACGGGACGAAAGUGAGGGAGGAAACAAAAACACAGGCGAGCUAUCCUUGCCGCAGAUGCCCCGACCUGGAGCGCUGCUGAAAGGGACCGUAAGCAUAAGUCGAACCGAGGGGAGACCAGCGCCGCGUUGUUGGACGAGGCGUAAAUCUAGCCAGCAGCAACCAUGGCCCACUCUCCGGUCCAGAGUAACCUGCCAGGGAUGCAGAACACCAAGGCCGACCCGGAAGAGCUGUUCACUAAGCUGGAGCGCAUCGGCAAGGGCUCGUUCGGCGAGGUGUUCAAAGGCAUCGACAAUCGCACCCAGAAGGUGGUGGCCAUCAAGACCAUUGACCUGGAGGAGGCGGAGGACGAGAUCGAGGACAUCCAGCAGGAGAUCACCGUGCUGAGCCAGUGCGACAGCCCCUUCGUCACCAAGUACUACGGCUCGUACCUCAAGGACACAAAGCUAUGGAUCAUCAUGGAGUACUUAGGGGGAGGCUCGGCGUUGGAUUUGAUGGAACCCGGAUGCCUGGACGAGACCCAGAUCGCCACCAUCCUGAGGGAGAUCCUCAAGGGGCUGGAGUACCUGCACUCGGAGAAGAAGAUCCACCGGGAUAUCAAAGCCGCCAACGUGCUGCUGUCUGAGCAGGGGGAAGUGAAGCUGGCGGAUUUCGGCGUGGCGGGGCAGCUCACCGACACCCAGAUCAAACGCAACACCUUCGUCGGCACGCCCUUCUGGAUGGCCCCCGAGGUCAUCAAACAGUCGGCGUAUGACUCCAAGGCCGACAUCUGGUCGCUGGGCAUCACGGCCAUCGAGCUGGCGAAAGGCGAGCCGCCGCACUCGGAGCUCCACCCCAUGAAGGUCCUGUUCCUCAUCCCAAAGAACACCCCGCCCACGCUGGAGGGCAGCUACAGCAAGCCGCUCAAGGAGUUCAUCGAGGCGUGCCUCAACAAAGAGCCCAGCUUCAGGCCAACUGCCAAAGAGCUGCUGAAGCAUAAGCUGAUUGUGCGCCAUGCGAAAAAGACGUCCUACCUGACGGAGCUGGUGGACAAGUACAAGCGGUGGAAGGCGGAGCAGUCGAGAACCGCAGAGUCCAGUUCGGACGAGUCCGACUCAGAGCAGGACGGCCAGGCGUCGGGCGGAAACGACUUUGGCAGCGACGACUGGAUCUUCACCAUCCGAGAGAAGGACCCCAAGAAGCUGCAGAACGGGGAGGGCCAGUCGGGGGCGGCAGACCAGACAAAAGACAUUCCAAAGAGGCCUUAUUCACAGAGCCUGGCCACGGUCAUCUCUCCGGCAUUGGCUGAGCUGAAGGCGCGGCAGGAGCAGGUCAACGGGAACCCCGUGGUCCUGGACGAGCUGAGGGAGGCCAUCCUGCUGGCCGAGGAGUCCUACCCCGGCAUCGCCGACUCCCUGGUGGCUCACAUGGUCCAGCGGCUCCAGAGUUUCUCCACAAGCCGGACGUCCUCCUCCUCCUAGUUACUGGCUCUCUGCUCCAGCCCUCAUCUCCUGCCCCCUCCCCCUAACACCUCAGCCAGGUCAAAGGGUCGAGCCGUUCAACACCAGCCGACCACAUUUGGCCGUGUGUGAGUGUGCGUGCGUGUAUGUGUGUGCGGGGGAGCUGAGCUACAUUGUAAAAACGCCUGAACGCCAAAGUGGAAGCGCACAGCUUCUUUCAGCCACUGACGAGAGGGGAGGUUCAGGUGGGAGCGGGGGGGCAGCAGCAGCAGCCCACAACGGAAUGACGCCACAGCCCCAUGCCGCCGCCCAGUCUCCGCGUGGAAUCUGCCUCUGCCCCCCCCCCCCCACCGCAAAAUCCAAGACUUCAUUAACCCCCCUCUCAACGCAGGCAUCAAAUCCCCAGAACCUCUGAAAAGCAACCUGUAGGGAUAUUAUGUGCUCGUGUGGGUGACCGUGUGUGUGUGUGUGUGUGUGUGACCGUGUGUGUGACCGUGUGUGAGUGUCCGCGCGCAAGACUCCCUGGUAAGGCAAAUUUGCAGCAUUCUUAAUGAAACCUCAGGUAAAGCGCUUUAAGUGGACUUUGAGGCGAGGGGGUGUGGCCAUGCUGUACAUGAUUACAAGUCGUUACUGCGGGAAAAUAAAUGGAUCACUGUGUACAAAAUGGUAAAGUGCAUUUUGUAGAUAUGGGCAGUGUUUAAAAGCAGAUAUUUAAACUAGAGCUAAACGGUAAAUGCCUUUCUGAGACGGACACACACACAUCCGGCGUUUCAUUGCAGGUUUUUGGUUCCUCUCCACGAGCGAAUUCAAGCUCUUGUUCUGUCAGUGUUCUUUUUUUUUUUUUUUUUCUCUCAGAGUGACCGAGUUCCAAUCUCCCGGUUUGAAUCGGCAGACUAACUACAAUACUAAGCGUACUUUUGUUUAGAGUCCUCUUCUUUUGUGUAGUCCGGUGAGGAAAGCAAAAGACUACCCCGUUCUUUAUGUUUUUAAAUGGGCAAAGAAUGGAGGUGGAAUGACACCGUCUGAGUGGAGCCCGGGACAUUUACGAAGGGGAAACAUGAGGGGGGCGGUUGAGCACCGAUACCAUGUGAAGUAUUAUUUUUCCUUGGCAACAUAUUUCUCCUUUUAGCUUUUUUUAUUAACGUGGCGGGGAGGAUCCCGCUCACAGCCACUCGUAGAUUGUGCACCGCUGCAGACGUCAACGUCAUCCCAGACUUCCUUGGUUUCUCAGUUCCACGCCAUGUUAGAAGUGUCAUAUCUCUCUUUUAAUGCUCUGCCCAGAUAUUGGUAGUAUGAUUUGCACCUUCCGUUGUAGUUUUUUAUUGUUGCACUUAGUAUUUUUAAAAGAAGCGUGUAAGAGGAAGAACAAAAGAAACACACAAGGAAGUAUUGCUAAUAGCCAUGUUUUACUAUAUAUGUUUACUUAAGAGUUCCAGAAUUUACUACUGUGCUAAUGCAGCAAUAAUGUUGAGGAGUUGCAUCAAGACGCACUUGUCAACACAGGGAUCGAAAGAAAUUAAGAAAUAUCUGAUAUUUUUAUAACUGCAAAGAUGGAAAUAUGGAAUGCUUUAUGGAUAUGAGCGCCUGCAUCGGGCAAAAAAAUUAUUAUUUACCUUACAGAAAAACAAUGCUACGGAAAUAACUACAAAAUGUGUACAUUUGGUCUCCUUUAUCAUAGCUGACAGUUUAUAGUACUGUAUAUAAUCUUUGCUUGUGUCAUUUGAGGAUUCCCAAAUUAAAUGUAAGCUCCUUGUAAGCUUUCAAAGUGACAUAAGAAAUAAAGAUCUAUUGCUAACUGAGAGCCUUUUGUGUCGUGCAUGUCUCAUUGACGUGUGUAGAGGUGGUAUUAGGACAGUAACAAAGCCAAAUAGUUUGAAUGCAACGCAUAACAGGCAAAAGUUAUAGAAAUACUGUACUUCAAUAUUAUCGUGUAAAAUAUUCAGUAAAUAUGUGAUAAGUUCAUGUUCUUUCUUUUAUUAGUCCCAUUCUCCCCCCAUUUGGCCUUGAUAUUUUCCUGUACUGUAGAUGAGUUUAGUUGGCCAAACUCUGUAAACAUGAGAAUUCUCCCAAACGUUCGCACUUAAAUGAUUUCAUUUUGAUCAAUGUUAGCGUUGACCUCAUGCGUGACCUCAUACUAUUGAUACGCAGUGAAAUCUGUUCAAUAAAUAUUUGCAAACCUUUUCAAACUGAAAAUGAUCACACCGCUAGAGAAACAGAAACCUUUGUGUUAACCCCGAUUAACCCCAAUUAUGACAGGGACCACAACCAACCUAGUUUGAUUGAGAAUAUCAUGAAACAUUUUCUGUUAACAUAUAUAUAUAUAUAUAUAUAUAUAUAUAUAUA